CCGAGCGAGCAAGCGAGCAAGCGAGAGAGAGAAAACCUGAGUCGCCUGUUUCCCCAUCUCCUUCUCGUUUUCCUUCUAUUACUCCGUCCCCGUCACCAUCGCCAUGAGUUUUCUGGCGGAGCGAGCUCUCGGCGAUCCUCUGCUGGUACCACGGUGCUACAUCUCGGCGAUUCGACAAGUUCAUCAUCCACGGCUCAGCUCGGAUCUUCGGCGACUCGCGCACUUCUUCUGCACUGAGGGAGUGUACGCAGCAGCUGAGUUUCGAUUUGCAGGCAGUCCCCGAGCGGUUGUUUUGGCGGAAGCAGUAGCGGUUCAUCGACGAUCAGCCCCCGGAAUCAGCCACGUGUCUACGGUUGUCGACUUCAGCGGCGACAUCAGCACCACCAGCCCGCUGCGGCAUACGACUAUCAAGACGACGCUUCGGCUGUGGGCGCAGCAGUUGGCGUCAGAGUGGAAUCGUUGGCUCACGCCCCACGGGGAUAAUUAUUUCCCCAUGGACGGCAUCGACCUCGACAGGAUCCGAGCUUUCCAGCACAAGCCGGCGGUCACGUGGACGCGGCACGAGGAUCACUGCCAGUGGGCUGAGUACCUUGAGCUGCUUAUCGUCCAGGCGUGGAGAACAGGAGUGCAGGGCGAUCUACUCGGAUUCCUCUUCGGAUCGGUGCGGCCCGACCAUCGCCAACCGAUCGUGCAAGAGCUAACGGUCCCCCUUGCGCAGCUGGCCGACGAUCUCCCACUUGAGAUCGUCUCGCAGAGCGACAACAGCCCAGUCCCGCACGUCCUCCCACGGACAUUGACACCAUACCUUCAAUGGUUGGCGUGCUUGGACGAGCAAGGAAGCAGCCGCAACCCACUGUCACAGCACGAUUAUCUGGACCCGCACGAAAUAGUCGAUCUCGCCUUCUGUCAAGAUCAGACGACUUUCGAGAAUGCGGAGGUAGAGAUUGAAGCGGAAGAGGAAAGCUCGGAAGAAGAAGAAGAAGCUGAAGAAGAGGACGCAGAGGUAGAGACUCCGGAGGAGGGGAGUUACAGUGAGCACAGCGAAGGGGAACAGAGCCCGGAAGAGGAGGAGGAAGAAGAAGAAGAUCAGGAGGAGCUAGAAGAGUCAGAGUGGGAAGGAUUUGAGGAGGAAGUGCAUGAGGAGGCUCGAGCGCAGGCCCAAGCGCAGAAGAGGGAGGAGAUCGUAGCCGGAAAGCGACAGCUAGAGUUUGUCAGCGCAGCGGGUCCGCCGACCCUCGACGAUCCUGGGCGAGAUCAGGGGCCGCCCAAGCCUGAACAUGGGGACCCAGCUGCCGAGACUUCGGCCGCACCGGCAAGGCGGUGACGAAGUCGAUCCCCCUCCCCCUCCACCACCGACCGUCCACUAAUUCGUCCACUUACCGAUGCGGGGCAUCG